UAAAGUGGUAAACAAAAAUGGCCGCCCACAGGAGCCAAAAAUAGCUAAAUACAUCAUUGCCUUAUCAUCGUGGCACAAUUCAACUCUGAAAGGUUUUAGCAAUACUUUUGAAGUGUACUUGAAUGCCAAAAUGUUUAAGAAAACAGAUCCCAAAGAACAAAUGAGGCAGCAGAAAAGGGCAAUAAAUAGAACUCAACGAGAAUUAGGUAGAGAUAAGACUGCUCUAGAACGUCAGGAAAAGCAGUUGGAGCUGGAAAUCAAGAAAAUGGCUAAACAAGGGAACAAGCAGGCAUGUACAGUAUUAGCAAAACAAUUGCUUCAACUGCGGAAACAAAAGGCGAGAAAUAUGAACACCAGUUCUAAAGUUAUGGGUAUGGGACAUCAAAUGCAGGCUAUGCAAUCAACAGCAAAGAUGGCCAGCUCAAUGGCAACUGCAACAAAGACCAUGGGAGCAGUCAAUAAGCAGAUGAAUCCACAAGAUGUACAAAGAACACUACAAAACUUUGAAAAAGAAUCCAUGAAAAUGGAUAUGUCCGAAGAACUAAUGAAUGAGACCCUGGAUUCAGUAUUUGAUGCAUCAGAUGAUGAAGAGGAACAAGAUGCAAUUGUCACCCAAGUACUGGAUGAAAUUGGAAUUGAUAUGACCAGCAAGCUUCCCUCAGCGCCCCGUGAAGCCUCUGCGUCGAAGGAAGACGACGAACUGAAAGAAAUCCAGGCCCAACUUCAAAAACUACGAUCGUAAGAAGCGUAAAAGACAAGUUAACGCAAAAGACAAACAUUUUAAAAUUGACUAUGAUAUGCUCUUAACUCUUAAGAGUGUAUUAGUACGAAGAGAAAGAUAAAUUAGAAAAAAGGAAUUUUUAAAUUAAAUUGGACUUUACGUACCAUCAGUCUGUUGUACAUGUCAGAGACUGGAAUCUGAAGUCUUAAUCGUUGUAAAUAUAAUUAUAUAAUGUGAAGAUUUUCACAUGCUAGUUAUAUAAAACCAGACAUAAAAAGGUCAAAUAGUUUUUUGUAGGUCAUGUCUGGUAUUUAUGUAAUAACUAAUAAACCCAUGGUUAGCAAUUUAUUGAAUCUACAGUAAUACUCUGGAAAGUACCUCAAUGUUAUUUACUAAACAAUA